AUGCCCUUUGGCUUUCCGAAACAUGACGGGGAUUCGGUAGCCUCCGAAGUCACUGAUAAUCCGACAUUCGCCGGUGACCCUAAUCUCACUUCGCCGGAAGUUUUGACAGAGAACGAGGAUCUUUCUAUUCCUCCGGACACCGCCGACCAUUACGACGUGAAGGUGAAGUGGCGUCGACAAGACGAGGAACCCGUCUUGUACAGAGAUCGCUUCAUAGCCGUGACCAGAACCUACCUAUAUAUCUUUAAUUAUUAUAUGCCCGAUGGAAAAGAUAAAGCCAUUUCAAUGAACAACAUAACGGAUGUUCAAACAGAUCAGGAGGUCAGAGUGUCGUAUCAAAAGUGGUAA